GUGCGCUCCUCCCUGGUUUGAGUUUGGCUCAAAAAAAGACACUCAACCAUAAUAAUAUCAUAAGUUCUAAUGGGGAAGUCUCGCUUUCACUGGCUGCGUUUCCCUUUCCUAAGACAGAGCAGCAGCUACCGGAGGUGCCCUCUUUCCAACAGGAGUUUAAUAAUUGCUAGCGUGUGUGUUAUUUAUUUAUUGUUGGUGAUUUCACAAGCUGGAUACUCGAAGCAGCACCGGGGCAGGAGGACUGAUAAAGACAAGUACCGACACACCCGUGGAUUGUAUAAUUUGGAUAUUAGUGAUGCUCAAUCAGACUAUGUGGAGACCGGUGCGAACUCUGUGCUCCCGACACGGUCCAACGUGGUCUACAUCACGCUAAAGACUAAGCGACUGAAACCUGCUAAUAUUCGGGGAACAAUCAGACCAAAACUGAGGAAAAAAGUGAAAAGGAUUACGGAGGCUAAAUCAGCUUUUAAGGAGAACAAACGUGGCACUGUGGAGCGGGACGUGGGCCAAAUUCAGCGAAACUUUCCACAUAAGAAUACCUUGGGAGAAACCAAGGAUGUUCAUUAUAAAUCUUUGGAUAUAAUCCCUACAUAUCAUCCAGAUGCACAGGCAGACUCUCCCCUUAGUUCUAUCCGAAUUUACAGCCAGAGGGCACCGCCAUGGCUCAGCCCUCAGGACGUGAAAGCCAUGCGCUUUCUGGCGGAUGCCAAAAUGUUGCGCGUCAAAGAAGCUUAUCAUGGAGAUUAUACGUCACUUUUAAUAUUUGAGGGCGAGACAAGCGUUUCAAUGGGCAACAAAAGAGACACACAAGGGAACAAUGUAUGUGGAGGGCAGUGUGGAGUGAUCAGCAACCCCGUGGACACCACCGAGGUGUUCGCUUUCCAUCUCGACAGGGUGCUGGGGCUCAAUAGGACCUUACCAGCUGUCAGCAGAAAGUUCAGCUUUUUACACGAUGGCCAGCCAUGUCCAGUGUUGUUAUGGGAUGCAUCUCUCUACCCAGAAGGCUUUGCUGCAGGCAGGUCCACCGUGAGGAUGACGUGGGGGGAGUACCAGAGUUCCUUGAAACAGAAGUGUUGGCAUAAAAACAUCAGCCCGAAGCCUGACUCCGGCUGCUCCACGGUGCAUCACUAUGAGUGGAGUAAACUGGCUCUGUUUGACUUCUUAUUACAGAUUCACAACCGUCUUGAUAAGAGCUGCUGUGGGUUCAGGCCCAGACAGGAGGAUGUGUGUGUGGAACUGGGCCUCCAUGCUGACUGUAGGGACCAGAAACACAUACAGCUGACAAACAUCAUCCACAGGGGACACGACCCCAGACACCUGGUGUUCACCAACAACAAGGGCUUCUUCGACCGCAAUGAGGACAACCUGGACUUCAGGCUCCUGGAAGGAAUCAAAGAGCUCCCUGAGCAGGCGGUGUCUGUACUGAAGAGCAAGAGGCUGAGGGAGAAGCUCCUCCAAUCUCUAUUUCUUGAUCAGACAUACUGGGAGAGCCAGGGGGGCCGGCAGGGCAUCGACAAGCUGAUCGAUGUAAUUGAGAGGCGGGCCAAGGUCCUCCUCACCUACAUCAACGCUCAUGGGAUCAAUGUCAUAACAAUGAAUGUGUGAUGAGAGUCACUUCAGUCUAGUGGCCAAAUUAAAGCGGCACAUAAUAACGACUUGAACCCUGUGACUCCACUGGGUUCACAGAAUAUCCUUUUACCAGACACUGAAAUUAUUUCCACUUAUAUUUUAUUAAGUACCUUUGAAAAACACAAGUUCAUAUUUAAACAUAACUCUUUAAUAUCCCCUUAAAUAUAAGAGCUUAAAAGCAUAAUGGUGCCCUCCUCAGCAGACCGUUUUUCUCAGGACCAUAUCAUUUCCCCGUUAAAUAUUGGAUUAUUGACAGGUUUUAUCCAUAUGUUUUUGUAAAAAUGAUUUUUCUCAUACCGCUAGUGAAGGAAUUGUUCUAAAUCUAGACUUUGCUUUCCAAAUAGCAUAUGUUGUGUUGUUGAUAACUGUUUACCAGAAAGUCAUUCAAGUAAUUUGUUGUUACGAAACCUGUACUUUUCUUACUAAGAAAGGCUUUCAUUUCCAUAGCUGACAUGCAAUUUGAUCCUAUCGUCUUGUGUUUCACUAUUAGUUCUUUCAAGUCUUUGAUUCCCUCUGACCUGGAGCCAAGAACACUUAUGUCAUUAUUUACAGGAUAUAGUGUAAGAGUAAUUUGCAUUGUGUAUGAAUGAAAUGAACUAAAUUGUAUAUUAUUUUCUUCUCCUUGCGUCAAGUGUGUUGCAGGAAUUUAAAUGUUGAUUAAGCCUCUUAUCGCAUAGCUAACAAGCUGCAAGCCUAAUCCAGUAACUGAUUGGGGUUUUUCACUGAAAAAAGAUGGCCAUUUUAAUGAGUAAUUCAAUGUUGUGUACAGUCUUAAUAUAUAACACAAUACAGCAACCCGUCAUAAAGAUUGGACAUUGUAAACUUAGCAUUGACUGAUCUCUGAAGAACUUUAAGUGAAGUCGAAUGUUGUUAUUUUUUUAUAUGCACUAUUAAGUUCCUUUUAAAGCUGUAACCAUUUUCACUGUAUUUAUUUAUUAAUGGUUGAAGAUAUUCAAACAUCAGAUAGUCAAUGAAAGCAUUUAUUUGUAAUACAUCUG